AUGGAAGAAGUCCUCCAAAUGUCGCUCGCUGAGUAUGAAUCUAGCCAAGCAGUUGCUGUAGAGGCAGAGGGGUCUCCUCUCCCAAUGAAGAAAGCGUCUAAAGGCACAAGAAAGUCGCAGAGCGUGUUCAGGAAGGUAGAAAGUUCAUUCAAACAGGAAGAAAGUUCGUCCAAGUCGCUAGAUGGCGCGCUGGCGACAUCGGAGAGUCCCGGCGGAAGGUCCGCUCGCCCAGCGUUGAGGGACAAGCUCAACGAGCAUCUCGCCUCGCUCGACGCCGAAAUACAGAGCGUCGAAGAGGACCUCAAGAAGCUUGCGACACUCCGCGAGGCCCUGCUUGACGAGCGGAAGGAGGUCAUCGCAAAGCUCCAGAGCGCGCAAAAGCGUGCGACGAUAUCUCCCCUCGACGAUAUGGGCUUGGACAUCACCCGCUCUGCAGGCUCGCGCAUCGACUACCAUACAGAGUAUGAAUGGUCAGAUGCACUCCGGGGAAAGAUGAAAGCUGUCUUUGGCAUCGACAAUUUCCGCCUCUGCCAGCACGGGGUAUGUAACGCGAACAUGGACCGCCGGGAUAUUAUCUGUGUGAUGCCGACAGGUGGAGGAAAGUCUUUGACGUACCAGCUUCCCGCUCUCUUCGUGUCGGGAUGCACAUUGGUCAUUUCUCCGCUCAUCUCGCUGAUGAACGAUCAGAUAUUGCAUUUACGAGAGGCUGGAGUGGAGGCGGUUAUGUUCACCUCGUCUACAUCAAAAGAGGAAGCCCGGGAGAUCGACAAUAGGCUCGUGGCAAUGGCGCACGGAAGGUCUGGCUCCGAUGCUGACAUUAAACUCUGUUAUGUCACGCCAGAGAAGAUAGCGAAAAACAAAGCAUUCAUGCCACUUUUGGAAAAAUUAUACAAGGCACGUAAGCUAGAACGAUUCGUCAUAGACGAAGCGCACUGCGUCUCAGAGGCAGGUCACGACUACAGACCUGACUAUCAGAAACUCAAUGUUCUGCGGAAAGUGUUCCCGAAAGUGCCCAUUCUUGCGUUAUCGGCUACGUGUCCGCCGAAAGUAAUGCAGGACCUUAUGGACGUAUUGCAAAUGAAGCAGCCUCUGCACCAUGGAGACCGAGCUGGGGUGGACGGUACUGUCUAUUUUACGGCACCACUAUACAGGAAGAACCUGCACUACUCUGUACUUCCAAAGCCGAUGUCGCACAAGGAGAUGAUGAAUGCCAUGGCCGACUACAUAAUGAAGCAUCACGCAGAUCACUCCGGGAUUAUAUAUUGCCUCUCUAAGAAGGAUGCGGAAACUGUCUCUGAAGACCUCAGCGAGCGCCGGAUCAAAACGGGAGUUUAUCACGCAGACAUUGGCGACUCGCAGAAGGAAACAUUGCAUCAGCGAUGGCGGCAAGGGCUUGUGAAAGUUGUCUGCGCGACUAUCGCGUUCGGACUGGGCAUUGACAAGGGAGAUGUACGAUUUGUCCUGCAUCACACUAUACCAAAGUCUGUCCAGGGCUUAUACCAAGAAUCAGGUCGAGCCGGUCGGGAUGGUCAUGAUGCAGACUGUGUGCUCUAUUACAGACCCCAGGAUUUCACGCGGCUUUCCCAGCUGACUGUUCAAGAGAAGGGGUCGCGGGCAAAAAUACACGACAUCCUGCGAUUCGCGCAAACCCUGACCGAGUGCCGCAAUAUCCUAUUUGCAAAGUACUUCUCGUCGUCUUCACAGAUAUCGAUGAGCUCGUGGAGUACGGAGGAGAAAGGGGCUCUGGAGCCGUGCGGCCACUGUGACAACUGCACACGCGGCUCAGACGGAUUCGUGCGCAGGGAUGUAAGACUCCCUGCGUGGCAGAUCCUGCGCGUCGCAGAGGUCGCACAGCAGACUGGGAAACGUUUCACGAUCAACCAGCUCGCCUCGGUCGCCCGAGGCCGCAGUAGCGGGACCUCGAGCGCAGCGUCUAAGGGAAAAGGAAAGGAGAAGGCUGGGAUGGAUUUGGACGAGAUCGCGGGUGGCGCGGUGGAGCUGUCUAAUGAUGAUGUGGAAGCCCUAUGCGUCGACAUGCUGAUCAAUGGAUAUCUGAAGGAAGAGUAUCACUCGCAGUCCUACGGCAUCAACGUAUACGUCGUUGCGGGCGCCAAAGCGGUGCGCCUGAGUCGAUUUAGUCGAGAAGACAUUGAGCAGGGUAAGGGUCCGGAAAUGGAGUACUGUUUUCUCAAGAAGUCGCGAAAAAAGAAGGGAGAGUCAAUAAAGUCGCACAAGAAGACGCAAGCGACGGGCGGGGAGAGUCUGGAAGCAAAUGGGCUGAAGCGCAGGAGACUCACUAGGAGUCCUGUAGCCAUUGACGAUCCAUACGACCAGAUAUUUGACCAAGACGACACUGGGUUGUACACUGAUGAUAUCGACCUUAACCCCAGAGAUGAUAAACGUACGAAGGUCGAAAUUGAAGUCGAAGAUGAAAGCGAGGACGAAGACUUUGGGUGGCAGAUGACACUCCGUGGGCCGGGUCCACCCAGGAAGAGGUUGUGCACCAACACCGAUAGACCGGUGCCCUCUUCGAGCAAAGCCGUGUUAGUCGACGACGAAGAGGUCAUUUGUAUUACAGAUUCGGAAUGA